AUGUCACCGGUGCUCAGAAUCUCCAGUCGCCUUCUCCGAGGAGUGCGACCAGCCAUGGCGACUUGUGGCCAUCGUCGACCUUCAGCCCGUCCUUGGAACAACAGCCCCGUCACUGAUCAUUAUACUGGAAACAUCAGCCCUUCCAUCUCCGACCAACACCCAUCGUCCGAGUUUCAAAAUAGUCGAACAAUCUCAGUCGAUCGUCAUCCUCACGAGAUCUG